AUGUCUGUCAGACAUGAGGUCAAGAAGCUGAUUAAACUGGAGAAGCCGGACUAUGAGGAUAGUGACGAUGAGCAAGAGGACGCGCCAGGAGCUGGGCUCUCAAGCGCGAGUAAGACACCGCCGACUGCGACGUCUACCAGUGAGGGCAUAAGUGCUGUUGAAGAUUGUGAGCCGCAGACGGGCAGUCGGAUCCCCAGCGAAUACGAGCAUAGUCUUCAGGAGCGUUUUGAACUAGUACAGAUCAUGCUCCAAAAUUGGCCCCCUUUCAUUCGCCAAUAUUUACCUCGACAUGCCUACCCUAUAUCUACGCGUGUGCUCCUGUGGCCCUUCAGACUUCUUGAGGCACUACUUGGGUUUUCGAGCGCAACACGUGGGCGAUCUCCAGAAGAUGUGCGCGCAAGUUUGGAGCCUGCAUUUGCAUCGGCCGACAAAUUCUCGCUCAAGAAGUUUCUCAGAAUCAUCGCGGACCUGCGCAGCUCUCUUGUCAGCAAUGCAGGACCUUUGGGUGAUCAGAACAUGAAGCAGACAUCACCAGCACCAGCUGUACGACCAGAUGUCGAUAACCAAGGGAUUCUAAAGGCUGAUGGUGAGUCGACAGCCACUACACUACCAACCCAGCCCGCAGCGCAGACCUCCGAAGCGCCUCAACAAGCUGGCAAGAGGCGAAGCUCUCGACACGUCACUCCUGAAGGAGACACAAGAGAUCAAAAGAAGCCAAAGCAUGCGCAAGAUGGCGAAGCCAGAUUCACAGCUCUGUUUCAGACCGACCCAACUCACCAUAAACCUACAUCAACCGUUUGA